UCAAAUUAAUCGAAAUUCGAUAAGACAAAACAAAUGUCAUCGGAUUUCCGGAUUUAAUAAACAAAUGGAAAAUUCGCCGCGCAUUGUUUAUGUUUGCAGCCUGUGCCUGCGCCAAUAUGAUCUCCAGGAGGACCUCCGCGGCCACAUGGUGUACUUCCACGGCUGCCAGCCACUGGAAUCAGUGCCCGGCAGAAAGGGCAAAUCAGCAAAAAUCAGGAUUGCACAGGAUAAACAAAUCCCUGACCCGCACUUGGAGGACGUAGACCAAGCGCCCAGUGAGCUCCAGCCCAUGCCCUUCAAGGACUUCCGGCUGGUCCUGCGGGCCCACAUGCAAGUACCGUGCUCCUUCAGCAAAGACUGUCCCUUCAAGUUCAAGGACGCUGGGAAAAUGGAAAUGCACUCCAUUUGCCACAAGGAGAACAGCUUCGCCUGCUGCGAAUGCGGCUUGGAGCUGCCGCAUUGGCGCCGUUGCUCCGCUCACCUGUGGAAGGCCCACCAGUUGGAUGUGGACUUCCUGCAGUGCCCCGCUCUCGGCUGCAAAUACAGAUCUCCCGUAUCCGCCCUGGUGUGGCGGCACAUGCGGGUCCAUAAGAAGUGGCGUCCCAGGGUGCUUCGCUCCCUGGCCGCAGUUCAGCGGAUGAAGAAGCUCAAGGAACAGUCCGCCGAGUCCACUCAGCCGGCACAGCCGGUGCCUUUGGCGUCCAAGAAGAACAAAUACUAUGCGGAGAAGACCUGUGAGAUUUGCAGCCGGAAAUUUGUGAAUGGAAAGACGCUCUCCAAGCAUGUAAAGACGGUGCACAACAAGAUCAAACCGUUUAUUUGCAAUGUGUGCGGCAAGAAGACUGCGCGCAAAGCGAGCCUAAUAAUUCACAUGCGGCAGCACACCGGGGAAAAACCGCUGCAGUGCGGCGAGUGCAAGUUCUCCACCCGUGAUCCCAGUGUCCUGCACAAGCAUCGGCAACGGCACGGCAGCCAGGACAGCCAGAGCAGCGGCACCCUCAAGUGCAGUGAGUGCGACUACAACUGCAUCCAGGCUAAUGCCCUGAAGCGUCACAUGCGGCUCAACCAUGCUGAGGCCUACCGCGAUCUGUGCUGCGACCUCUGCAGCUACACCUCCAUCAAUGCCGAGCGCUUGCUGGCUCACAAGCAGGAUCAUCGGCAGGGCCUGAUCACGAACUGUGAGGAUUCUAUGGAUGCCACGCGGGCUGCAGGCUUCAAGUAUCCCCGCAAGUUGGCCGACAAAAAUGGAGAGAUAUCCGCGGAUUGCUUUAUGCCGCUUGAGAGCGUUGACUCGCUGCCUCAUGAGCCUGCCGUGGACACGGGUGGAGUGACCAUUCCAGCUCCACCCUCUGAGGACACUCAGUUUCCAACUUAUUUAAAAGAUUAGUACUAAUUAUAUUUUAUUAUUA